AUGACAAUAUCAAUCUCUGGUUACAGGAACAUGCCAUCGCGGGAAAUUCAGAACCAGAGGAAAAUCUGGACCACUGCCUACAUCGACGGUUCAUGCUCCUACAAUGGCACCAUCAACGCCAUAGCGGGAGUAAGGGUCUGGUUUGGAGAUAGGCAUCCCCUGAACACCUAUCAGACCAUGAAAGAAGAAAGAGCCACAAAUAUCACGGCCGAAGCCGCCGCGGCAGUAAAAGCUUGCGGGAUAUGCAUCAGGCAUGACAUCAAACGAGUUAACCUAAUAACCGACUCCAAAUACCUGAUCAACUGUAUGACCAAACAUCUACCUAAAUGGAAACAGAAUGGAUGGCUCAAUGCAAAGAGCAAACCCGUUGCAAACCAGAAAUUACUGAAGGAACUAGAUAUUCUAACCCAACAAUUGGAGGUUCAAUUCGAAUAUACACCUGGACACAAAGGAACCUACGGAAACGAAAGAGUUGAUGAACUAGCUAAGACAGGAUCAAAGAUCUACACGCCCACCUAA